AUGCGUAGGUCAAUCGGCGCAUUAAAUGCGCAAGCACGUCUUGCAGGCCAUCAUUGCCCAGACUUGCGCGAGCCGUCGUUUCGUCUCGUCAAACGAAGCAACGGCCUCUGGGCUUUUGACACGUCAUCGCGCCCCUUGAGCACGCUUGUUAGGCCGUUACGUCUCUCGAGAGAGCCACGCCCUUUCGUUUCGAAUUCUAGCGCCAAUAUAAAAGCAUGUCCUUCUUCAUCCCUUCCUUACGCUUUCAGAAAUUUCAGACACCCAACCUCUGUCAAACCUUUCUCUCAACUCUUCAACCCUUUCGAACUUCACAUUUCAGCACUCCAACUAUUUCCGCCCAGUUAUCCCCCAUUGUUAGUAACCGACGACUUCAGUCGCUUCUCCUGUAUAUCUUUGAAAACUCUUGACUCUUCGCCCCUUUUUCUGAGCACUUGGCUCCCUGAUGUUCUUCGUAUUGCUAGAGAAUACAAGUGUCUAAGUCCUUCUCCAGCUAUCUACUUAGUAGCAGCUAGGAAUCUUCUAACAGAAUUCAGAGAAGCUACUUGGGAACAUAUCCCAAGAGAAGAAAACUUUGCAGCCAACGAACUGGCUCAGGUAGCAACAGGCAUACAAAUGCCUGAAAACUAUGCACAGAGGAUCAUCAAGGUAGGAAAGAAAAGUCUACCAUCUGUUCUGACCAUAGGGAUGAAGAUAGAUGUCAAUUCUGCCAUGAUCACUGAAGAUGAUUGGAGAAAUCCUGUCAUAACUUACUUACGAUAUCCAACUCUGCCCUUUGAAAAGAGAGUCAGAAUCAUGGCUAUGAACUACCUUAUGUGGAAUGAAGAUUUGGUCCGAAAAAGUAAGGAUGAGGUACUAUUAAGGUGCCUAGGAAGAAAAGAAUACAUGAAAGUUAUGGGAGAGACUCAUGAAGGGAUAUGUGGAGCUCACCAAGGAGGAAGAAAGAUGUGCUGGUUAAUGAGGAGAUAUGGCUACUUCUGGCCAACCAUGAUGAAAGAUUGCAUUGACUAUUCAAAAGGGAUGGGCAAUGGAUCUCAUUGGCAAGAUCUAUCCAGCCAGCAGCACUUUUUUAUUAUUGUUGCUACAGACUACUUCACCAAAUGGGUGGAAGCCAAGCCUGUUAAGUCCACUACAUCUCAAGAGAUCAUCAUCUUCAUAAAAGAACAGAUUAUACAGAGGUUUGGCAUUCCAGAAUCAAUCACAACUGAUAGGAGAUCUUCUUUCAUAUUUAGAGAGAUGCUGGACAUGGCAGAGGCAUUCAAGUUCAGGAUGCUUCAAUCCACUCCUUAUUAUGCUCAAGCUAAUAGACAGGUAGAAUCAAGCAACAAAUUGAUCAUCAACAUUAUCAGAAAAAUGCUUGAGAAAAAUCAGAAGCAAUGGUAUGAGAAGUUGUCAGAAACUCUGUGGGCGUAUAGGACUUCAAAGAGAGAAGCAACGGGCAUGACUCCCUAUGCUCUGACUUAUUGCCAUGAUGCAAUUCUGCCUAUGGAGAUAGCUGUUCAGUCCUUCAAAAUUGCUCAUCAACACGAUCUGGUUAGAAAAAACUACUCUCAAGCCAUGCUGCUAGAACUGGAGGGAUUGGAUGCAAGCAGAAUUGAGACCCUCAAUAAACUCCUGGCAGGAAAGCAAGCUGGGGAGAUAGUUUGGAAAGCAGUUCUGCCUCUUGGAACACAUGUGGCUGGUUAUGGAAAGUGGUCACCUACAUGGGAAGACCCUUUCAUAAUUAAUCAGAUCCUUGGAAUGGGGGCAUACAGGUUGCAGGAUCGAGAUGGGGAAGUUCAUGCUGCCCCAAUCAAUGGCAAAUGGUUGAAGAAGUUUUUUCCAACUAUGUGGGAUUCACAAGCUGUACAGACAGAUCUCGGGAUAGAGAGAGAACAACACUGA